AGAACAUGGACCUUGAUCAGACCAACCUGGGAUGGCAGACCUUCAAUGGUUCUCUCCCCAACGGAGCAGUUUCAAUCUACAAUGACUACUAUAAACGCACCGACUAUGUUAGCAAAUACGGGAUUGAGGCCGGCUUCUACAACCCUAGCAUGGGUCCUUACUGCCACUACCCAUACGCAGGAGAGGAGAGGAGAGGUUACCCAUUUGAGAUCCUGGUGAACAAAGACAACUUUGAGUUUUUGGAAUGGAAGGAUGGCUCCCAUGGUUCAGUUCCUCCAAAUUCAGUCUACACCUCCCCCUUCGAAGACAAAUAUGUUGCGAAGAACCAGUAUGGUCUUGGAAAGGUGCAUGUUGAACAUAAGUCCUUCUACCUUCCCUGUGAAGGGAAGGAGUCUUGGUAUAGGUACUACCAGGUCCUAACCAUCAACAGAGAUAUUAUCAGUGAGGACAUCUCUGAUGUCAAGUACAACACUAAUGGGGUUCAAAUCAUUAAAGGUCCUCCAGAGACCAUGGAGACAUCUAUCAUCACUAACAAAGACUGCCAGCCAGUGACACAGUCAGCUGCCCUUGAAAAGAUGAGCCAAGUGGGGCAAAAGUGGGACACCGGCUUUUCCUUUACACUGGGGGCCACGGCUACCAUCACUGCAGGAAUCCCUAGCAUCGCCUCUUUUAAUGUUGGGUUUAACAUGUCGGGAACCCGCCAGUACACCAAAGGAACCACCCACACCAAGACAACCACCCACAAGGUUUCUGUUCAGCACAUAGUGCCACCAAACCACUCCUGCACUGUCACUAUGGUGGGACGAAAGCACAAAGUAGAAAUCCCUUUCACUGCACGUCUCCGCCGCACCUACAGAAACGGGAAGACCACUUGGACAUCCAUCUCUGGGACCUACACAAGCGUCCAAAUGGGAGAAGUCCAGUCUGUGGUGGGUCGCAGUGUACCUAUACCCGGUGCCGCAGCAUGCCGAUCCAAGAGAUAGAAUAUCUGACAUAUUGUAUAUCAGAUACCUGAAACAUUGUAAUGAGAAGCUAAAAAUAAACUAGCUUGUAUAUUUUAUAUGUCUUAACGUCUUUCAUAACAUAAGACAUGACAUGUAUCUAUCUCUUCAGAUUUUC